AUGAGCCAUAAGGUGAAGGAAAGGGAGAAUCAUAGGCUCAAGGUGGUAGGGGUACAAGAUCAGAAUACAGAUGCUUUGAUUCAAGAUUUUAAUAGACUGGGGUUGAAACAUAAUGGUGAUGGUAAUGGUGAUGGUGAUGGUGAUGGUAUAGUUGGCGGUAAUGAUAAUGAUAACCCCUUUUUGGAUACAACUGCUAGUUAUUUGGCCUUUGGCGGUAAUGUUUCAGAAACAAGAAUGCAAUUCCAAGAUAAUCAACCAAUAACUCCAUUAAGAAAAUCAAAAUCUCAAAUAAUACCCAGUGGUACACCUAUUACGCCCAAUGGUAUAAGAAGAAGAUCAAGUUCAAGUCAUGAUCCAUUAGAAUCACCACCUUCUCCAUAUCUGGAUAUAGAUUAUCUAAUGAUUUUAUUACAAUCAUUACCAAAUCAACAAAUUUAUAAUGAUUUUAAAGGUAUAUUAAAUCAAUAUUUAAUUAUAUUAGAUGAACAUAAUAUGAAUCCUGCAAAAGAUAGAUUCAUAAUUACAAUUUUCAAUCAAUUAAAAUCUAAAUCAAAUGAAAAAUUAAAUAAAAUUAUUGAUAUUUUCAUAAAUGAUCCUUCAAAUUUAGCAAUGAAAUUAUCAAAUAAAUUAUAUUUUAAAUCUAAAUUAACCAUGAAAACCACAUUAAAUCAUUGGAUUAUUAAAAAAAGACAAAAUUUAGAAUUAAAUAAAUCUUGGAAAAUUUGGCAAAUUUAUUUGAAAAAAAAAUUCAUAUCUCAAUGGAUUUAUAAAUUUAAUUCUUUCCAAGAUGAUUUAAUUUCAAAUGCUGAUAUGUUUUAUCAAACUAAAAAAACUAUAAAAUUUUGGGAUUUAUGGAAAACAAAUUAUAAAACUUUACAAAAUUAUGAAAAAAUUUCAAAUUAUCAAAUUCAAUUUAAAUUUUUUGCAAAUUGGAAAGAAAAAUUAGAAAUUGAUUAUGAUAAUGCUGAUUGGUUAUAUCAACAAAAUUUAUUGAAAUCAAAUAUAAAUAAAUGGAUCUUGGAAACAAAAUUUAAAACCAUUGAAAUUCCAAUUAAUAAUACUAUACAAAAAUCAAACUUUUUCAAAAAAUGGCAUACAAAGCAUCUAGAAAUUAAUUCAUUAAAUCAAGAUGGUGAAAUUUUAGAACGUGUUUUCCAUGAAGGAUUUUUCUUUACAAAAUGGAAAUCAAAAUCUCAAAUUACAUUAAAUAAAACUCAAAAUUUUGAAACAAUUUUAACAAAUUCAAUUAAAUUUAAAUUUUUCCAAAAUUGGCAAAAUGCAUUAUAUUUUAAAAAAAUUGAAAAUCAAGUCAUAGACAAGAGAAAUCAAUUAUUAUUGAAUUUUAUAAUUAAUCAAUGGAAAUUAAGAUUAAAACAUGAAUCAAUGUUGGAAAGAUUUCUUGAAAAUUCCCAAAAAACUAAAAUUUCUAGAUUUUUAAAUCAAUGGAAACAACAAUUAACUUUAAAGAAAAAAAUCAAUCAAGUUGGUUAUAAAACUAAAUUACAAAACUCAAUGAAUUUAUGGAAAUUAUCAAUAAAUAGGAAAAUUUAUGAAAGAUCUAAAGAUUUCAAUAUUCAAUCAAAUUUUUUCCAAGAUUGGAAAAGAAGAACUUUAUUAAAUUCAUUAUCCAAUGAAAUAAAUUUACAAAAACAAGAAAAAUAUUGGGAAAUUUGGAAAUCAAAAAAAAUUGAAUUAAAUAAUACUUUAAUUAUUGGUGAUGAAGCUUAUGAAGCUUAUUCCAAAAUUAUGUUUUUGAAUAACUGGAAACUUCAAUUUAAACAAAAUAAAUCUUUAGAAGUAAAAGCUGAUGUUUAUAAUCAAGGUAUUUAUUAUCAAAAAUUUCAAAAAAAAUUGGAAAAAUUAAAAUCAAUGGAAGAGAAAGCUGAUAAUUUCUACCAAAAUAAAUCUUUUAAAUCAAUUUUACAAACAAAAUUCCAAAAAUGGAAACAUUUAUAUGAAUUGAAAAUACAAAAUAAAUUAGAAUUAAAAGCUAAAGAAUUCAUAAAUUUCCAAAAUCAAUUAACAAUAAAUUCAGUCUUCCAAAAUUGGAAUCAUAAAUAUAAUUCAUAUUUAAAACAAGAAGAAAUUUUUAAACAAGAUUUCCAAAAAACUUUAAUUCAAGGACCUUUUUUACAAAAAUGGAUUAAUAAAUUUAAUGAUUUAAAAGAUAUGGAAUUAAAAUCAAAUGAAAUCAAUAAUUUAAAUUUAAUAUCAACAGGUUUUACAAAAUUACAAAUUGGUUAUUUAAAAAUUCAAAAUUUAAAUUUUCAAUUUCAAGAAUAUGAAAAUGAUGCAAAUUUAAAAAUAAUUUUAAAUUAUUUAAAAAAAUGGAGUUUAAUUUCAUUUAAAUCUAAAAGAAAUAAUGAAAAUAUAAAAUCUUUCCAAAGAAGAUGGGAUCGUGCUCAUUGUAGAGCUAUUUUAUUAUUAUGGAAAGGUAAAACUUGGGAAAUUCAAGAACAAAGACAAUUAAAAUUGAAUUUUUCUCAAAUUUAUGAUCAACAAGAAGAUGAAAUAUUUGGUAAUAAUAGUUUAAUGACUAAUGAAGAUGAUGAUGAUAAUGGUAAUAUUACUUCAGAAGAUCCUUCACCAUUAAAAUUUAAAAAUAAUAUUAAUAAUUCCAAUAUUUUUUCAAAAUCUUUAAUAACUAAAACUCCUCAAAAAGCAUCUCAAUCAAUUUUUAAUAAAUCAAUUUCUAAUUCAACUCCAAUUAAUAAUAAUGAAAAUUCAAUAAUUUCAAAUUCAAUAAUUCCUGGGAGUGAAAAAAUUAAAAGACAAAGAAUGGAGGCUUUAAAAAAUCAUUAUAGUCAAAUUAAAUAUGCUAUACCAAGUCCAUUGAAAUCUGAAAUUAAAAAUCCAUUGAGUACAUCAACAGUGAAGAAAUUAAAUUUUAAUAAACAAGAUGAAAAUGAUGAUGAGUAUGAUGAUGUUGAUGUUAAUAAUGAAGAAAAAAAUCAAUUUUAUUUUAAUGAUGAAUCAAUUGAUAAUUUUGAAAAUCAAAUAUCAAGUCCAGUUAUAUCACAUAAAAAAAUUAAUCAAAAUUUUUUAAAAAGAUAUAAUUCAUUAAAUAAAUCCAAAACUGGAUCAAAUAGAUCAUCUUCAAAUUAUUCUGAUAAAUUAUUUAAAAACUCUCCAUCAUUUUAG